AUGUACAGAGACAGAAUAUUAGACCUGCAUCACGACAGGCUCGGUGAACGUCAAAUUGCUCGAGAGUUUCGUGUUAGUCAUACCUACGUCGGGAAAGUCAUCAAACGUUACGACGAGUCGAAUACAGAUCUAAGAGCUCAAAGGAGCCAUUUCGUGAAACCCAAAGUAGAUCAAACCGCUUCUGAAUAUAUUGAAUGUUGUAGACUCAUGAACCCUAGCAUUUAUGGAAGUGAAAUCAGACAGAGAUUACUUCUUGAUGGCGUCGUUCACCCAGCAGAUAUCCCCAGCGUCUCACAAAUAAACAGAGUUUCACAUACACAACAUGCAAUGACAAGGAAGAGAAUAACAGUUGUUCCACGCGAAUCAACAACACCCACCGCGACGGAAGCAGUGGAUGCUUUCCUUAACGAAAUUUCAAACUUUAGGGCAUCAAAGUUACAUUUUUUCGACGAAUCUAGUGUGGUAAAAACAACAGGAAAUAGAAAGUAUAGCAGUGCUGUUCUCGGAGAACCUGCCAUUGAAGUUCAACGAUACGCAUCCAAUUCAAACUACACAAUAAAUUUAUUACACUCCAUAAAUGGGAUUGACUUUUUUAAUAUUUUAGAUGGCCCUUCCAACGGCAUGGAACUAUUAACACUUUUUGACGAGGCCCUUCAGCUAGAGCGGGAGGAUUGA